AUGCUAUUUGAGAUUGAGUAUGUCAGUGACGAACAGGCCGCCAACUAUGCUGAGGCUGCAAGAACUGGUAUCAAUGAUCGUUGGGGAUUGACUUCCAACGAAAAAUUAUGGGUGAAGCAUCAACCCUACCUGCUAGACAAGGGGUAUCAACUUAGACCCCGCUACCGUCCUGGGUGGGUGAGAUCUUGGGAGGGGACCAAACGUAAUCCAAGGAUUCACGAGGAUUCGCUAACAAUCGAAUCUUUCAAGAUCAUGGAUGCCGUGCGUCUGUCAGAUGGAAAACGAGUCAUUAUUAAAGCAUUUGACACACAAAUCACCCCGAGCGAACUUCAUAUACUCCACUACCUCUCUACAGAGAUUAUACAAUCUAAUCCGCGUAAUCACUGUGCAUGUGCACUUGAUUCCUUCCCUGUUCCAGACGAAGAUGGAUGGGUUUUUGUGGUCAUGGAUACAUACCACUCAUUAUCGAUCACUCCGUUUGAGACUGUUGGAGAAGUUGUAGAAAUGAUUCGACAGCUACUUGAGGGCUUGGUUUUCAUGCAUGGUCUAAAUCUUGCACACAGGGACUGUGCCUCAACCAACAUAAUGAUGAAAGCUGAUACUUUGUUCAAGAGCACCCCUCACCCUCAUCCCAGCUAUUCUUUUCUGACUGAAGAUAGGCGCAACUAUGUUGCUACACUAUUCCCUAGCUAUGCAGAGAGAACUUUGGUUGUAGGUGCAGAGGGCCGUGAAAGAGACAUACCCGAGCUCUCAACACCCAACGUACCAUAUGAUCCAUUCAAGGUAGACGUUUGUAUCAUUGGUAGAUUUUUUUCCCGGGACUUUUACGAAAAAUAUGGCCGUAGCCUUUACUUCCUGGGACCGCUGAUCAAACGUCUCAUAGAGACUGACCCUACUCGACGGCCAACUGCCAAUGAAGCGUUUACUGAUUUUGAACUGAUCCGCGAAACGCUCGAGCCAAGGAUACUCACACGAGCCCUCGACCCCAAUUUUUUCCAAAGCGCGAUGUAUUCCCUAUCUGACGGCUUCCAUUGGACCUUCAGCUGGUUUUCAAAAACUAUUUUGCGCCGUCAGCCGGAAAGGAUAGCUUUACCAUGA